GGGGCGGGGCGGGAAGGAGGGAGGCGGCGGCACCGGCGGCGGCUGCUGAGGAGGAGGAGGAGGAGGAGGUGGGGGGAGCGGAGGGAGGUGUUUCUGUCAGUUCCGGCUGUUUGUUCGGGAAGUGGAUCCGCCGCUGCCGGAGCAGCCGGGAGGGAGCCGCGGAUCGCGAGGCCAGUACCGACCCCGCCCGCCCGCGCGCGCGCGCCGCCCCCGCCCGCCAUGGCCCGGGACUACGACCACCUCUUCAAGCUGCUCAUCAUCGGCGACAGCGGUGUGGGCAAGAGCAGCUUGCUGUUACGAUUUGCAGACAACACCUUCUCAGGCAGCUACAUCACCACAAUCGGAGUGGAUUUCAAGAUUCGGACUGUGGAGAUCAAUGGGGAGAAGGUGAAGCUGCAGAUCUGGGAUACGGCAGGGCAGGAGCGCUUCCGCACCAUCACCUCUACGUAUUAUCGGGGGACCCAUGGGGUCAUUGUGGUUUACGACGUCACUAGUGCAGAGUCCUUUGUCAAUGUCAAGCGAUGGCUUCAUGAAAUCAACCAGAACUGUGACGAUGUGUGCCGAAUAUUAGUGGGCAAUAAGAAUGACGACCCUGAGCGGAAGGUGGUAGAGACAGAAGAUGCCUACAAAUUUGCUGGGCAGAUGGGGAUCCAGCUCUUUGAGACCAGUGCCAAGGAGAAUGUCAACGUGGAAGAGAUGUUCAACUGUAUCACAGAGCUGGUUCUACGAGCAAAGAAAGACAACUUGGCGAAACAGCAGCAGCAACAACAGAACGAUGUGGUGAAGCUCACCAAAAACAGUAAACGAAAGAAACGCUGCUGCUAAUGCCCCAGCCCACUGCAGAGACUGCACUGCAUCCCUCCCCAGCCUGAGGCCUCGGAGGCUCUCGGGGACAGUCUCAGUUUAGUGCCGUUAUUUAAAGAAUUCUCUCCACGUUUUUUGUAUCGGGAGGCGCCAUCGGCACUUCCUCCCCUUUUCCCCUUGAGUGCCAAGAAGGUGUUGGACGAGCCCGCCCUUCCCCACGGUGCCCUUUCCCUGCCGAGGCCUGGAGCUGGUGAGGACGCUGCCAGCUGAGUGGACUGAUUAACCAGUUUGUACAUAGUGUAUAUUGCAUUAACCAGCUGCACACCCUCAGCCUGCUCUGGCUUUUGGCUCCUUCCUGCCAACCUGCUGCAACAGACCCUCCCAAGCCCUCCAAUCCAAUCUCGACGGCAGCUUCCUGAGGAGCCAACUUCGUGUCCUAGCUGAGUCUUUGGCCAUCCCUGGCCCAUGGAGUGCACUCCACAUGGCUCCUACCCUACAGCUGCUCUGAGAGCUGGGGAACUUGGCCUCCACACAAGGCCCUGCCCUCUGCUGGCCCUAGGCCUUCAGUUCCACAGAGGAACUCAGUCCUGCUCUUUUGGACAUCAGGUUUCUCAUUCUGCCUUCUAGAUGCCUCUGCUACAAACCCAGGGGAGUCAUGGCUUCUCUCUUAUCCAACAUGUUUCAGUUCCCAAAGAAAGGUAGUGGUACAUCCGUAAAGAGAUGGAGCUUGCAAGAGGGAGCAUUAUUUUAACAGAUACAACCAAUGAAGCCAAAUCAAACGAACUAAGUUCCUCACAAUUAUUUCCUUGAGAUCAUGAUUGGCACAAUAGUAAAAGUUGUGACUGUCCCACUUUGGGCUCAGUAUUUUUAGAAGAGGGGUAUGGCUUCUGUUCCGUGCAGGGCUACGCAUCCUUCCAUGGGAAAGGAAGGCUUUGCACCCUCAUACCUGUGUGCUCGAGGGCCUCCGCUGGAGAUAGUUUGUAACGGAGCACCGGGCACCUGUGGUGGAGCAGGGAUUGCCGGGCUACGGGAAGACACCUCCAAGCUGGGACCGGCAGCUUUUGCAUUACUGACAGAUCUGUUUUUAGUAUGAAGGUGGUAGGAAGAUUUCUUAGCCACUGGGAAGAAGCGGCAGUGGGGUGGGGGCAGCCAGGAUUGACCCACCCACCCACCAGGGUAAUCUGCAUUUGAUUACAUCUCCCUUCCCCAGGACACUUGGUUCCCUUUCCCCUAAAGGAUCACGUAACUCAGAAGAACUGAUUUGGACACCAUAAUGUGUUUUAGAUUUUCUUUCCUAGGCGAUUUCCAGGCACAGUCCUGACUGGACAAUCAUCACAGGAUACUGCAGAUUUUCCAUGUUAACACUGUGGAUGGGUUUUCAAUCAAUAAAACUGGGGCUUUCUUCUCACCUGUCUCUCCACUUGUUCGAAUUGUCAAAAGCUGGGGGCCUGUUUCUGAGCAUCAGGCUGGGUUUGGGGGCUGCGGAAGACACUUCAGGGUCAAACAUUAGGUGACUCCAUAUGGCCCAGGUGAGCUAGGAAUUGAGGCAGAGUCUGUUUUGAGGCCUGCCUUGGCUGACUGGGGGCCUGUUAUCCUGGGCAGGUGACAUGCUUUUGAACACGUGGGAAACCAGUAUAGGAGUGUUUGCCAAUUCAAGCAAUAAGAGGGUGAUCUUGGAGGAUUCAGCCCAAGUUGGAUGUCUUCUGGCACCCGCCUGUUAAGGCCCAGGUGAUGGGUGGUUUUGGUGACAACAGUGUGCCUGUCCCCAAGUGUUACAUGCAUGAGUGGGGUGGGGUGGGGAUAAGGGUGGGGGUGGGAGAAUCAGGGCUAAACUGGUAUCCUGGUGGACCUGAUGUGAAACUCCUGUCAAACAACAAACUUUUAAAUGGUUUGCUAGGAUUAUUUCUGUAUUGAAAGUUUCUAAUUAUGCUUUUUAAAAAAAAUACUAAAAAUAAAGGUUCAAGCUGCCAAAUU